GGAGGUGCAUGCAGCCCACUGUUCUACAGUCCAGGUCAACCGCCGAGCGCUUCCCGCCAAGAAUGCAGCGCACCUGCCCCUCCCCUCCCGCCGCCACCGCCGCCGUCGUCGACGCGAUCGCGAACUCUUGGCACAUCGGCGUGGCGACACAUCACCGUCGUAGCGAUGAGACACACUCUGCGAUCCUCGGCGCGGCGUGCAGCUCCUGCUCCGACGGCCUGUGGCGCCCACGUGGCGCAGCUCUACACCUCUGCAGCGAGCUACACAGGCUACAGCAGAACUUCCGCAACGCACACACCAGUCGAGUCAUGCCGACCAAGCUCACCCUCGCCGUCUCCCAGUCUCGCACGCUCGCGUCGCUGCCAGACACCCUCGAUGCCCUCGCCGCCACCGCCCGCCUGGCGGCAUCGAAGAAGGUCGACCUCGUCCUCUUCCCCGAAGCAUAUCUGGGAGGAUAUCCGCGAACCGCAGCCUUCGGCGCCAGCAUCGGCUCCCGGACCGACGAUGGCCGCGAGCAGUUCUUGCACUACUUCCGCAGCUGCGUCGACCUGGGAGACACGCCGCUGGGAGCAGGCGAUGACUGGGUGAAGCGCAAGCUUCCCGUGGCCGAGGGCAAGGAGUAUAGAGGCGACGGUACACGUGAAUUCCUGGAGAAAGUAGCACGGGAUACGGGUGUUUUCAUCGUGACAGGUCUGGUUGAGAAGUCCGGCGGCACGCUGUAUUGUGCCGCGCUCUACGUAUGUCCCGAAAAGGGUGUCCUCGGCAAGCGACGUAAAGUCAUGCCAACGGGCUCAGAACGACUGGUGUGGGGCCAAGGCAGUCCAUCCACGCUGAAAGCAGUGACGACCACUAUCAGAGGUGUCAAGUUGACCAUGGCUGCUGCCAUCUGCUGGGAGAACUUCAUGCCGUUGCUGCGAUACAGCUUGUACAGCCAGAACGUCAACUUAUGGCUCGCACCAACUGCAGACGCUCGUGACACCUGGCUGCCGCUAAUGAGAACAAUCGGAGGUGAAGGCCGCUGUUUCGUCCUCAGCAGCAUCUCAUGUCAAAAGAGAAAGAACCUUCCCGGCUGGGUCACAGGCCAAGCGACUCCUGCAUCUCCCGCUGCAGUAAAGACACCCUCUCUCGUCAACGGCUCCCUCUCGCCCGCCCGGGGCCGCCGAAGAUCAACAAUCGUCAAAGAAGAUCAACACGAACUCGUGCUCCCAGCUCUCAAUGAAGAAAACGGCUCCGAUCACGCUUCCGCCGAACAGGAACAGACGGUCGCUGGCGUCCUCGCCAAAGCCGACGUGAAUGACACCAGCGAUCCUCGCGGCGAAGAGUUCGUCUGCCGCGGCGGCUCCUGUAUUGUCGGACCCAUGGGCCAAGUCCUCCAAGAACCUCUCUGGGAAGUCGAAGACGGCGGCCUACUAAUUCAAGAAGCAGAUUUCGAAGACUGCGAGCGUGGGAGACUAGAUCUCGAUGUUGCAGGAAGCUACUCAAGAAAUGAUGCUUUCAAACUGACAGUGGAAGGCUUGGACUUGAACCCUCCACCUACAUGAAGUGGCAUUGCCGCACUCCCCCCGUAUGAAGAAUCAUGCCGAACGACGUAUGAAGAAACGCAAAAGAUGACAGUCAAGAAGUCUACGAAUUGGAGCCAAAUUCCAUCUGAUAUGCAGAAAGGCACAUGGAUGAAGUGAACAGCAAAAAUGUUAUCUUCUCGGCAGACAAUGUAAAAACUCUAUUAGUAUCAGUAUCAAACGACUUCAACUAUCUUUUUAAAGACACG